CCCCUUCCCCGCUCGACGGAAUGCGUCGGACACUCCUUCGCCGUGCUUCUGAAACCAUUUUCGGGUCAUUCGCACAAAAGCCUCCUCUCGGUGCGUGCCCUUUGUCACCGUAACCAAUUGCCUCGACUGACCUUCUAGACUAGCGCUCCUCCCGCCGAUCCCACUUUACCGCCGACUUCUGCGUGCUCAUAGGAACAAGCUAUCGCCUGAGGUGUGAUUCCGUGGUAACGCGUGCGGUAUGAGAAGGAUGGAUGGCUGAUUGAGAGGGUGUGGGAACAGAGACGAGUUCUCGGAGACAAGUAUGUCAAGGCGGAGUUCAGGCGGCACAGGCGUGUUGAGAAUCCCUUAUUUAUUGUUUGCUUCCUUCUUCAUUCGCUUUGUCUGUUUUCCUUUAGCGGGCUAAUGGGGGCAUGUUAGGUCGGCUUCUUGAAGGAAUGGCAGUUGUACGCGCAGGCGGUGGAGGGUGAGACGUGGCGGGAUGGGAAGCUCGAGGAGGGCAAGUUGGAGAAGAUGAAUGGUUUGUGGGCUCUUUCGGUCCGCUAGGUUUUUGUUACUGAUGGCGGCAAUGGUGGAUAGAUCAACAGAUUGGCCAGCUCUACGAAUUGAUGAGGGCUAUUAGACCUGGGGAUACGAGCGCUGUCGGUGGAGGCGGAGGGGGAAGUCAAGAGGGAAAGCCAUAAAGUCAUGGAUGUGGUUUUAUAAACAUUUUAUUGAGCCUAACUACUUCAUCGAGGUCGGCUACAAUAAUUUUAAUCAGCUAGA